CGAGCAGUGUAACAUGGUGUCACUGUUGGAAUAGUUUGUGUUGGACACAGUGUCACACUGUGUCAUCUGUGUAACUUGUUGGAAAACACCCUUUGUAAUUGUUAUCUGUUUCUAAUCAGUUUCUAAUGGAAACAAUUAGAAAUAAUAAUAAUUUGUUCAUUAAUUUUGAAGGUUUAUCAGCAAAUUAGUUGAAGACCAACAUUUGUUACAUGCUAUGUCACAGCGUACUAGAGUUAUUCACUUGUACAAAACGCUACUAUACAUGGGUCGAGAUUAUCCAAAAGGAUAUGAAUAUUUUAGAACUAAGUUGAGGAGUGCUUUUGACAAAAAUAAAGCAGAAACUGAUCCUGAGAAAAUAAAUAAAAUGAUAAAUCAUGGUAUUUUUGUGAUAAAAGAAUUAGAAGUUUUAUACAUGUUACGCAAAUACAGAACUUUAAAGAGAAGAUAUUAUGAUCAAUAAUAGAAACAAUGAAACAUACAGUAUGUUUAAUUUUAUAUUGGUUCUCAACUUUAUAAGUGUUCCAUAAUAUUGUACAAAUUACAAUCUUGGUUGUACCAAUAAAUUGUUCAAUUAUAA